GCGGACCUCGUGCAUCCAUUUUUUAUCAUAUUUUAAAAGUAAAUUUACGAUCAAACAGCGAUCUGUUUUCUUUGGAGCCAUGCUCAGAUCCAAGGUGUUUGUCAAGAAGACACGAAAGGGAGGAGUAAUGAAGAUAGUUCGUGAACAUUACUUACGAGAUGAUGUAUGGUGCAGAGCAAGUCACUGUAGAAACUGCGCUCAGACAGAUCAAAAUUUACUGGAUUCAUCGCCUCAUAACUCCUCUAAACUGUACACAUUUCCACAUUAUUUACUGCCUGAUACAAAUGUUGUGUUACAUCAGAUAGACGUUUUAGAAGAUCCAGUGUUCACAAAUGUAAUACUUCUACAAACUGUCUUGCAAGAGGUGCAGCAUCUCAAUGCCUCAGUUUACAAGAGAAUCAGGGAAUUGAUAUCCAGUAAACAAAGAAAAUUUUUCGUUUUUUCAAAUGAGCACCAUAGAGAAACAUAUGUUGAGAGAAGAAAGGAAGAAUCUCCAAAUGACAGAAAUGACCGAGCAAUAAGAGUGGCAGCAAGCUGGUAUGAUGAGCAUUUAAAGGAAUGUGAAGGAGGAAAUAAUGAAGAUCUAAGAAUUAGGGUUGUUCUUCUCACAAAUGACAGAGCAAACAAAGAAAAGGCAAAGAAUGAGGGAAUCAUUUGUUUUACAGCUCAAGAGUAUGUUGAAAGUCUAGAAGGGAAUGAAGGUUUAGCUGACCGAUUGGCACUCUCCUGUAACACACAGCGUGAUGAGAUAGAUGACAAGACAAGCAGGAAGUGGGUUUACCCAGAACAUCUACCUAUGGCUAAAAUACAGGCUGGACUAAAAAGUGGCAAGUAUGUACAGGGUGCUUUUCAUAGGAGCAGAGAAAACUUCACUGAGGCUUAUGUAUUUGUCCAUGAUGGAGACAAGCAGAUAUUUAUUCAAGGACUUGUAAAUCUCAACCGAGCAGUACAUGAAGACAUUGUUGCUGUGGAGAUUCUUCCAAAGAAAGAAUGGACUUGUCCAUCAUCAUUAGUAACAGCAGCAUCACCAGCUGAACAUGACUCAGAUGAUGACAAUGAAGAAAGCAACAGUGAUAAAAUGAUUGAAUCAAAGAAAGAACUGGGAACAAAAAAAGUGUUGUCAGGAAAGGUUGUUGGUGUUAUUAAAAGAAACUGGCGGCCAUACUGUGGAGUGCUGUCCAAGUCUGCAAAGUCUCAAAGCACAAGACACUUGUUUGUGGCAGCAGAGAGAAGAAUCCCCAGAGUUGUCAUAGAAACACGCCAGGCAUCAUCACUUGAGGGGCAAAGGAUUGUGGUUAGCAUUGAUUCGUGGCCUCAGCAUUCAAAAUACCCUGUGGGACAUUUUGUCCGAAAACUUGGUACCAUUGGUGACAAAGAAACAGAAAAUGAGGUUCUGUUAUUGGAGAGAGAUGUUCCCCACUUGCCCUUUUCAGCAGCGGUACUGAAAGAUCUUCCCGCCAUGCCCUGGUCAAUCACAGACGAGGAUGUAAAGAGUCGUUUGGACUUGCGGCUCCUAGCUGUGUGUAGCAUUGAUCCUCCGGGGUGCACAGACAUAGAUGACGCAUUGCACUGGAGAUUGCUGCCAAACGGAAACUACGAGGUUGGUGUACAUAUAGCAGAUGUCACGCACUUUAUCAGACCAGGUACAGCUCUGGAUGCUGAGGCAGCUAAUAGAGGAACUACAGUCUAUCUCACAGAUAAGCGUAUUGACAUGGUACCAGCACUCCUGAGUUCAGACUUGUGUUCACUGAGAUCUAAUGUGGACAGGCUGGCGUUUUCAUCUAUAUGGGAAAUGACACCACAAGCUGAAAUUGUCUCCACGAAGUUCAAAAAAAGCAUUAUCUGUUCUAGAACUUCCUUCACGUAUGCCGAGGCUCAGAUGCGAAUUGAUGAUCCAACCCAAACAGAUGAAAUAACUCUGAGCCUAAGACAUCUCAACAAACUGGCAAAGAUUCUAAAACAAAAGAGAGUCGAACAGGGUGCUUUAACUCUUGCGUCUCCAGAAGUUCGUUUUCACAUAGACAGUGAGACACACGACCCAGUAGAUCUUCAAACAAAGGAACUCAAGGAGACGAAUUCCCUCGUGGAAGAAUUUAUGUUGUUAGCCAACAUUUCAGUCGCCAAGAAAAUUUUUCAAAAUUUCCCAGAGUUUGCCGUUUUACGGAGACAUCCUUCGCCACCUGCUGCAAACUAUGAUGUGUUGGUGAAGGCUGCGAGCUCCAAGGGAGUCCAACUUGAAGUGGAUAGUGCCAAGUCUCUCGCUGUUUCGUUGAAUGCUGCUAAUAUCCCAGAUGAGCCCUAUUUUAACACUCUGCUUCGAAUUAUGGCGACGCGAUGCAUGAUGCAAGCGGUUUACUUCUGUUCAGGCAUGCUCCCUGAAGAGGAAUUUCAACAUUACGGUUUGGCAACUCCAAUUUAUACACAUUUCACGUCACCAAUCAGGAGAUAUUCUGACAUCUUGGUACAUAGACUCCUAGCUGUUGCAAUUGGAGCUUUAGAUUCGUAUCCAGACCUCCUCAGCAAAGACAAAACACAGAAAUUGUGCAAUCAUCUGAACUUCCGUCACAAAAUGGCCCAGUAUGCUUCACGGGACUCCAUUGACCUGCAUUGCCAGCUGUUUUUCCAAGGAAAGGCUAUAGAAGAAGAAGAAGCGUUUGUGCUGUUUGUUCGUAAGAAUGCGCUUCAAAUUCUGAUCCCUAAGUAUGGCCUUGAAGGAACCGUGUUCAUGAACAAACAAGAUGUAUCAGGAUUUACCUACAACGAACAGGAGCCAUCCCUUACAGAUGGUGACGUCACCUACCGAAGCUUUGACCGAGUGGCUGUCAAGAUUAAUGUUGACAAGUCCUCAACAGAAAAUAAAUUUUUAUCUUUCAGCCUCGUCUCUAAAAAGGGCAGCAGUGCAGAGGACAUGAAAGAACCUGUCUCCAAGAAGACUAAGUUCGACUGACUGAUUGCUGUAGAAAGAUGGGACAAUAGUGAGGAUACAGAUAUAGAAAGUGAAGUGUGAAGGAACUGAGGAGACCACAAGCGACUCCACACAACAACGGCAAGGGCUUGAAAACGCCUCUCUGACAACAAAAUAUCGGGAUUUCUGUAAAGUUGCGCAUCUUUUUUACUGAUUUUAUUAGACUAAAGUAGUGUGGAUAAGCGAUGUCUUAGUGGAUCAGUAAAGCACAUUCAAAAAAAUGAUUGUUAAACAAAUUGCAAUUGAACGUUUAAUAUCUCGCUACGCUCAACGUGAAAUCCUAUAAAUUGCAAGCAUCAUUUAUUCAUAUUUAAAUUUAUGUACAAUUUAAACUGUCAGAUAAGUGCUAUUCCUCCUUCCCGCGAGACUUGCAGGGACGUUACAAGAACAUUUGGAUGUUCCGUAUUUGGCAAGGGUGUUUGUGAUUAUUUCCCUCUCUCAAAGUUGUAAUCGAGGGUAAAAUUAUCUUAUGGGGCCAAUUGUUUUGCCAUUCUUACAAAUAACAUCUGAUCUUUCGUUAAAUCUAAGUAUGGAGUAUACAAUGAAGUAUCUCAGUUCCUUUGGUCAAAGGCUAAUUUGGUUCCUUUCAAGAAAAUCCAAAUUUGUUAUUUUAAGUCACAAAGGUAUAGAUAUUAAACAAAAUUUGCUUCUUACCCAAAGGAAACAAAAAAGUUUUACUCA